GGGGCUGGUUGCACCGCCCUGGUGGUGGCCGUGGUGGCCCGGAAACUGGAACUCACCAAGGCCGAGAAGCACGUCCACAACUUCAUGAUGGACACCCAGCUCACCAAGCGGAUCAAGAACGCCGCGGCCAACGUCCUUCGGGAAACGUGGCUCAUUCACAAACAUACCAAGCUGUUGAAGAAGAUCGACCACGGCAAAAUCCGGAAGCACCAGAGGAAAUUCCUCCAAGCCAUCCACCAGUUGAGGAGUGUGAAGAUGGAGCAAAGGAAGCUGAGCGACCAAGCCAACACGCUGGUCGAUCUCUCCAAGAUGCAGAACGUCAUGUACGACCUCAUCACGGAGCUGAAUGACCGCAGCGAAGACCUGGAGAAGCAGCUCGGCGGGUUGGAGUCCAAGCUGGAACAGUUGGCGACCAAUUUCAGCUCUUUGCCUCUGCUGAUCACGGACACCUUGCGCCAACAGCAGCAGCAGCUCCUGGCCACAAUCCUUGAGACCCGGGGGGUGAGCAUGGGUGUGGGGGCCUCCCAGACGCCCCUCUCAGACAGCCCCCUUGGGGUCAGUUCCACCUCCUUCCCCACCCCGUAUACCAGCUCGAGCAGUUGUUGAACUGGCCACGUGGGGGGAAAACGGAAAUCAAAACAGAAAAACCAGAAGGCAAGCGAAAAAGCCAGAAUGGACCGCCACGGGGCUCGAUCCGUUCCCGUACAAACUCGAACCCAGCCCCCGAAGGAGCAGAGGACCCCAGGCGCCCAGGCAGCCUGGGGCUCGGAACGGUACGGUCUCGGCUCUGGUGCCUAUGCGGGGUUGGGGUGGAGCAGGGAGGGGAGGGGUCUUUUUCGGCAGAGCCCCCUCGCUGCAGUGUUUGGUGGACGAUCAGAAUCCACGUUCAAUCUCAGGUCUUCAAAAUGAAAACAAGCCAAUCGAAGGGCAGCGCUACGAUGGAGCCGGAUGGGGGACCAAUCCACUGUGUGGAUCCCACGCCACAGGCGACGGGGUUGUCCAAUUUCCU